UUAAGAUACAUUUAAUUUAAUUUUUAUUAAAAAAAUAACCCCUGAAUCUAAACCUGUAAGUGUUGCUGUUGUAGUAUUUUGUCUGUGGCAGAACCAUAGACGUUUAUAUAUGUCGAUGACGGAAACGACACUUGCGGUCACAUCCUCCUUGGAUGUAACGUUAUCCGCUGCUGAGUCCGUUAACUGAAAACAUUGUUUCUUCCUUUUUCUCGUCUUAUGUCAUACCAGUUGUUGGUUUUGUCCGGGUCCGAAAUGUUUUAUCAAUCGGUUUCGGUAGUUAAUGUUAUCACUCAACUUGUCGGAGUAUGAUCUUAUCCCCGAUAGGGCGUCUGGAGAGAGUAACGGGUAACUUAGCUAGCGUUAUACUGAGCGGCGGCGGCGCAUUUGUUACCAGGUGCUAAGUUACGUUCUGUUCUUUUAAACAAGUCAGAAAGACAAAGGUGGACAACAAUGCUGCAGAUGGGAGAAGAAGUCACUCUGUACUCGGUCGUCUUCGUGGCGCUUCUGCUGGGGACACGGAGUCCGCUGUGGACAACCGCCCUCAUCGCCUCCCUCUAUUUCUUUAUGGCCAUGUUCCGGUUCCCCCAGGUACCGAGCAGCCGAGCCCGGCAGGUGCUGCACCCAACACAGGGCACGGCGGGCUCCGGCAAGGUGUCGGUGGUCGCUCACCGGGGCGGUGGACACGACGCACCGGAGAACACGAUAGCAGCCAUCCGGCAGGCCAGUAAGAACGGGGCGACGGGCGUGGAGUUGGACUUGGAGUUCUCAGCAGACGGCGUCCCAAUACUGAUGCACGAUGAGACUGUGGACCGGACCACCAACGGAUCAGGACCACUCAGCCAGAUGAGAUUGUCUGAGUUGGGUAAACUGGACGCAGCUGCUAAACAUCGGCUCAGGGACAAGUUUGCCGGAGAGAAAAUCCCAACCAUGGAGGAGGCAGUGGAGGAAUGCAUCAAGCUGAAGCUCACCAUCUACUUUGACGUCAAAGGUCAUCCAGAUGAGACAGCUGCAGCCCUUAAAGAAUUGUAUAGAAAACACCCAGUCCUCUACAACAGCAGCAUCGUCUGCUCCUUCGAGCCCAAAGUCAUCUACAGGAUGAGACAGAGUGACCCAAAAGUGGUCACAGCAUUGACCCACCGCCCGUGGAGCCUGAGUCGGCUUGGAGAUGGUGCCCCACGUUUCUCGUCGCCGUGGAAACAUCACUGGACCUCAUUAAUGGACGUCGUGUUGGACUGGGCGCACCAUCACGUACUAUGGAAGCUCUGUGGCAUCUCAGCCUUCCUUGUACAGAAGAACUUUGUCUCACCGGACUAUGUCCAGUACUGGGCCCAGAGGGGGGUGGACGUGGUGGCCUGGACAGUCAACACAGAAGUGGAGAAGGAGUAUUACCAGGAGUUACUACAAAUUAGCUACAUUACGGACAGCCUUGUGGAAGACUGUGAACCCCAUUACUGAGAAACACGUGAAGCAGGCGAACAAUGCGUUCACACACAUACCCCUCAAAAAAGACAAAACCCACAUGAAAGGAAAUUUUCACUGCCCACUCCUCACAUAAUGUGGCAUCAGGUAAGAGAACAUAUGCCACUAGUCAUUCCAUGCACACUUUCAUUAUGGUGAGUGUGUGUGUGGGUGUAGGUUUAUUUGAGGCAGUCAGAAUGGGUGCUAUACAUAAUAACAAGAGGCCUAGGUUGCGUCCAAAAACUCUUUUUUUGCUUAGGAAGGUUCCUAACUGAGUGAAGUGAAGUGGAAGUAUUUCAGUGGCAGCCAUGAUAAGAGCUGUUCGAAUUCUCUAAAAGCGAAGGAAGGGAGCCUCAAUGCUUCUAUUCAUAUCUGCUUUAGCAUAGGGUACACCGGACCAUCUUUUAAGAAAGGAAAGGAGAGAAUGCCGUCCCACAAUUCCUUGUAGCGACAACAUUUAAAGCGAAAUUGGGAUUCAUGUUGAUAAAUAUGGGUGGGCAGAGGGUGAGUGAGCAAGCAUUCUCAAUGUGACAACCCUUUCCAUUAUUUGGUGACUGAUAGGUACCCUAUAGCCCAUGCCUUUUUACUAUUUUGAUUAUGAAGCUAAUAUUCCACCAUGUUGUCCACUUUUAGAUGGCCUGCAUUAAAACAACAUGGGGCGCAGUGUCAAAGAUGCGCUUUUUGUAGUCCAUCUUCUGAACAUUGUUGUUUCAUCAUGGCAGCUCACGUCAGUAACAUCUCCCGUCGCAUAAUUAUGUCGCUUAGAAAAGAGCACUCGGAUUCUCUGAGCCCCACGGUCCUUUUUUCCUAAGUCCUUACGAAUUCUCCUUCACAUCGUUCCUUGACCUCAUGACAUUUUCUAUCGAGGUCAAGGAAAAGUGGUGAAAAGUGACUUUUUGCACGCAGCCCUAGUAACAUCCUUUUUCCUGAUUAAUCAUAUUUCUCAGACAUGUUGAGGCACCUGAUGUGCAUUUAUAGACACUUUGAUAAUUAGUGUCUAUAAUAGGCCUUAAUCAAAUGUACUGUGUUCACCAACUCAGGAUUGCAAACAUUGUUUUUCUUGGUCUGCGUGUCUGUCUUAAUGUUUGUACUUUUUACUCAGUGAAGGCCAGUAGGAAGUAAACUACCUACAAAUCAUUUCUAUCACUCAUCAAACUAAUUAUUCUUACUUAUUUAGAACUUAUCUUUGACAAAUGCACAUAUAGAGUUGAAAUGUAGAAUAGAACAAGAUUGGCUCACAAAUAGUGAGUUUUUCACCUUGCCUCACUUUUAUAUGCGUUGCAAACUUGUCAUUUUUGUUUUCUAUUUAAAAUUAACAUUAUUUUUGUUUGAGAAACAAUGUGGUUCGUGGUUGUGAAGUCAGACUUCUGUAUCUGUUGAGCAGAUGCCACUGACCCGGUAUCAUCUUCUUCUGUCAAGCUCAACCACACGCUUAUAUGCUCCUGUUCAGCAGCAGAUGAGGAAUUACUGUCGAGUACACUUUAGUAUCACAGUACUGCAAGUGGAAUGUAGUAGGACAGUGCAGAGGAACAGAAAGGGAGGAGCAGUGAAGUAUGUUGGAAUGAGGAAUUAAGUUGUGACAGUGCAGCGUGUGAGAAUGUAUGAGGCUUCAAAAGUGGAGCAGAUUUACUGACAUUUGUCCUCAGAUGAUGGCUGCCAGUCAGCUAAACAUACUGACCUUUGACAUAAGGCAGCAGCACCUCACAUACAGUGCAACGCAUGGCCUUUAUGACCGCAGGCGUGUAAUAAGCAGAAGCACGGGUGUAACUAAUAACACUCACGACAUGUACAUUGCAUUUAGGUGGAUGUGAGCUGUUCCAGUGAUCUAGCAUCUGCAGUAUCAUGGCCCCAGAACUGGAAAACCCAAAUGGAAUACAGCCACAAUUAAUUUUAAUUACAUUCUCUAUUUUUUAUUUUUUCAGUUUUCAGACUGGACAGUGCUCUGAAAUAAGUAAAUAGGAAAGCUAGACUGCUUUUGUUUAUAUGCUCUUUGACCCAAAUAUCAACCUCAUCUGCAUUUGAUCUGUGUUUGAUUUAAUCUAAGCUGACUUGACAUUCAAAUCAUUCAAAAUGAUUUAAUGAAGGAAAAGGUGAAAGACUUAUUUCACUGUUCAAAGCGGAAGAAAUAAAUCAUGAUGCUUUUAUGUCAUAGCACUGAAUGUGUUCUUCGGAGUGGAAAUCAUGUAUAAAAUGCUGGAGAUCUCAUUUCAAAGUGACGUUGUCCUCUCGCUCCUUGGGACAUUUGAGACCUUGAGACAACAAAUGGGUCCCUAAAGCUGUUUAAGCUGACAUUCUUAAGCCAGGCCCUGCGCAGGACUAAAAUGAUUCAGCAGAUCAACACUAAAAUGAAUGCAGUACUCAUUGGCAUACAGUCUCAGAAGUCCAGAAAAUACUUUUGAAGGAAAUGUUUCUGGCCAUAAACACUUUAUUAAAGUCUAAAACUAAUGUGAA